UUCAUUUUCACUUCAUUUCAAUUUUAUCUUCUGUUGAUUCACCGAAAAGUGGUUAUUUACCAUAUCCAUCCCGAUCUACCUAGUACCUACAACCAUCCCCACCACUAACACCCCGCUAUCAAUAACUAUCAACAACUAAAUCGGAAAAUCCGCGCACUACUAAACCAAAAAUAACAACAUCUUGUUUUGCACCCAAAUAACACGUCUCAAAAUGACUACCACAUCAAUGAUUCAACCAAAAUUCUUGUCGAAAGGCGACCAACUUGGUGUCGUUGCCGUCGGAUUCUCUGGUGGACAAGUAAGCUACCAACCCUCUGAAUCUCUCUCACAAAAUUACCAACUAAUCUAACAAACACAGUGCAAACCAGGAGUUGAUGCAGCACCUUCAGCACUCAUCAAAAGUGGUCUACUUACUCAACUCGAAGAGGAAUUAGGAUACAAACUUCACCAUGAUAACACCGUUCAUUCUUAUAAGGAAUUAAUCCCUUCUGAAGAUCCAGACCACCGAAAAAUGAAGAACCCACGCGCAGUUUCUGCCGUUACACAGAGGCUUUCUGAACAAGUUUAUGAACAUGCCAAAGAAGGACGUUGCGUUUUGACUCUGGGUGGUGAUCAUUCUAUUGCUAUUGGUUCAGUUUCCGGAACUGCAAAAGCAAUCCGUGAGCGGUUAGGAAGAGAGAUGGCAUUGAUUUGGGUUGAUGCACAUGCCGAUAUCAAUACACCAGAAACCUCCGACUCUGGAAAUGUUCACGGAAUGCCAGUCGCAUUUUUAACGCGCCUUGCUCAAGAAGAAAAACCUGAAAUGUUUGGAUGGUUAAAGGAUGAACAUAUGGUUAGCGUAAAGAAGGUUGUUUAUAUUGGCUUGAGAGAUGUGGACAGAGGGGAGAAGAAGAUCCUCCGCGAAAAUGGCAUCAAAGCAUUCAGCAUGCAUGACAUUGAUAGGUUUGUGUUCCUGUAGCACUAAUCCACUUUGCACGCCCACUAAUUCUCAAAUCCAGACACGGUAUUGGCAAAGUCAUGGAAAUGGCUCUCGGUCAUAUCGGUAACGAUACUCCAAUCCAUCUUUCUUUCGACGUUGAUGCUCUCGACCCCACCUACGCCCCUUCUACUGGUACUCCUGUUCGUGGAGGUUUGACUUUAAGAGAAGGAGACUAUAUUGCUGAAUGCGUUCACGAGACUGGUUCUUUGAUCGCAAUGGAUUUGGUAGAGGUCAACCCAACACUUGAACCUGGUAUCAAUGAUAUUGGAGCGCAUGAAACCGUUAGAGCUGGGUGCUCAUUGGUUAGAUGCGCUUUGGGUGAAAGCUUGCUAUGAACGGUGUUUUGAAUAUCGGAAAUAGAUACAAAUGAGAUAUUGGAAAAUAUACCCUUAGAUCGAGGUUGGCUAUUUUAUACUUUUGGUAUUGGAUUGCUUUGGUAGCCUUAAGACGAUGGGGAAUUAGUCUAUCAUUUACGGUUAUACUUCGUAAGUUAUUCACGAUAGAGGGGUAGGCAGGUGGAUCAUUUCACUUUCACAUGUUAAGAUAGAUGAACAAAUCAUGGCCGAAAUCAUAUAAAAACAUAUCAAACCUUCCCC